AUGGGGAUGGCCAGUUCUGGUGGAAGCCAGCUGCUGGCCUGGGUGCUGUGGCUGCAGGCGUGGAGGGUGGCGGCGCCCUGCCCAGGCGCCUGCGUGUGCUACAGCGAACCCAAGGUGACCACCAGCUGCCCGCAGCAGGGUCUGCAGGCUGUGCCCCCCGACAUCCCGGCCGCCAGCCAGCGAGUCUUCCUGCACGGCAACCGCAUUGCGUACGUGCCCGCCGCCGGCUUCCGCGCCUGCCGCAACCUCACCAUCCUGUGGUUGCAUUCAAACGCGCUGGCCCACAUCGACGCGGCCGCCUUCUCCGGCCUGGCGCUCCUGGAGCAGCUGGACCUCAGCGACAACGCGCAGCUGCGGGCCGUGGACCCCGCCACGUUCCGGGGCCUGGGCCGGCUACACACGCUGCACCUGGACCGCUGCGGCCUGCGGGAGCUGGGCCCCGGCCUGUUCCGCGGCCUGGCCGCCCUGCAGUACCUCUACCUGCAGGACAACGGGCUUCAGGCACUUCCCGACGACGCCUUCAGCGACCUGGGCAACCUCACGCACCUCUUCCUGCACGGCAACCGCAUCCCCAGCGUGCCCGAGCGCGCCUUCCGCGGCCUGCACAGCCUCGACCGCCUUCUGCUGCACCAGAACCGCGUGGCGCGCGUGCACCCGCACGCCUUCCGGGACCUCGGCCGCCUCAUGACGCUUUACCUGUUUGCCAACAACCUCUCCGCGUUGCCCGCGGAGGCCCUGGCGCCCCUGAGGUCCCUGCAGUACCUGCGGCUCAACGACAACCCCUGGGUGUGCGAUUGCCGGGCGCGCCCGCUCUGGGCCUGGCUGCAGCAGUUCCGCGGCUCUUCGUCAGAGCUGCCCUGCAGCCUGCCCGCGCGCCUGGCCGGCCGUGACCUCAAGCGCUUGGCCGCCACCGAUCUGGAGGGUUGCGCCGUGGCCUCGCGGCCGGCCCCUCCCAUCUGGACCGGCGGGCCUGCCGACGAGGAGCCUCUGGGGUUGCCCAAGUGCUGCCAGCCGGACGCCGUGGACAAGGCCUCGGUGCUGGAGGCUGGGAGGCCCGCCUCGGCCGGCAACGCUCUCAAGGGACGAGUCCCACCUGGCGACAGCGCACCGGGCAACCGCUCUGGCCCCCGGCACAUCAACGACUCGCCCUUCGGGACCCUGCCGGGCUCGGCGGAGCCCCCCCUGACCGCGGUGCAGCCUGAGGGUUCUCAGCCCCCGGGCUCCCCCACCACGGGCCCGCGAAGGCGGCCGGGCUGUUCCCGCAAGAACCGCACGCGCAGCCAGUGCCGUCUGGGCCAGGCGGGCGGUGGGGGCGGCGGGAGCGGCGGGGUGGAGGGCUCAGGCGCCCCACCCAGCCUCGCCUGCGGCCUCGUCCCCCUGGCUCUGGCGCUGGUGCUGUGGACGGUGCUCGGGCGCUGUUGA